UAAAAAAUUCAAAAAUAAAUUUAUAUAACAUGAAAUUAUUAAUAUUUAUUGGAUUUUAUAUAACAAUAAUGCAUAAUUAUCAAUAUGUUGAAUCAAUUGAUUUUUGUUCAUUACAUCAAUAUAGUAAUUUAAAAAAUUCUGAUUAUAUGCAAUUUACCAAAGAAGUUAUUAGCCGUGAAUAUGCAUUAUUAGAUAAUAUCAAAGGAUUACAUUGCUGUGCAAAAGGAUAUAGAAGUAUUGAAUGGUUUAAAGAUGGUAGACCAUAUCCAUGGCCAUCAGAAAUGUCAUCUUUGAUAUUAUAUCCAGAAGCUGCAAAUCAAACAAUUUAUUCGAGGCACAUUCAAUUAACAGACAGUGGUAAUUAUAAAUGCGUACUAAAGAAUGAUACACAUGUUAGAGAGCAUAAUAUUGAAUUACAAGUGACAACUAACAAUCCAAAUUUACCUUUGGAAACAUAUAAGCCUGGCGAUCAAGAAAUCGAUUUAGAUCAACAAGCUCGAUUCUAUUGUGAAGCAUUUGUUGGUAAAGUUAAUUUACCAGAUGCUAAAAAUGAAAUUAAAUGGUUUAAAGUUCUAUCUGAUAAUAAAGAGGAAGAAGCUGAAGGUAUACAACAGCAAUUGGAAAGAAAUACUGGCCAAAUCAUUGGAUCAUACUUAAUUAUACCAAGUGUUAAAACUCAUCAUUAUGGACGUUAUUUCUGUAGAAUACAAAUGAGUGAUGAUGCACAUAGUCUUAAAAUGUAUACAAACCUAUAUGGUAAAUCAUUUACAACUAGUGAUGAUUUUACAUUAUUAUUAGCUUUAAUAGCAGCUGUUAUCGCAUGCGCUCUAACAUUAUCAAUAUGGUAUUGUAUAUCGGUUUUUUUAAGUAAAAAAUCAAGAACUCAAUGUCAGUCAUUAAUUAAUGCCGAAUAUGGUGUACAAAAUGAACCGCGGCGAGUUUAGCAACAUUAGUCAAGAAUUUAAAAAUUAUAUUAAAAAACCAAUAAAAACACAAAAUAAAAAUGAAUAAUAAAAGAAAAAAAAUAAAAGAGAAGAUAAAAGAGAAAAUAAUAAUAAUAAAAAAAAAUUAUAUAUAACUGUAAUAAUGCAAAAAAAAAUAUUAAAAUAUAGCGACAAAGGGUGAUUGAUUUUAUUUAAAUGAAUUUUUAUUAUUUAAAAAUUUUAUAAAUAAAAUAUUAAUUAUAAUUUUUUUAUUUUUUUUUUUUGUAAAAUAUUUUAUUGUACAUGUAAUGAUUAAAAAAUCUCAUUCAUAAAAUUUUAAUUAUAGCUAUAUAAUUUUAUUUAAUUUAAAAUUUAUAAAAUAUUAUUCUGACGUUUACAUAUAUAUUUGUAUAAUAUAAAAAAAAUAAAUAAAAAUAUUUAAGACAUCUAUACUUUUUAAUUCAAUAAAAUGCAAAAAAAAAAUUAUUCUCAUAUGACUGAACAAAAAAUUUCAUUAAAAG